AUGCCUUCCAAGAUCACCUCUGCGAUCAACAUCCUCGUCGUCAACAUCUCGCUUUGGAAAGACCCUCAAGACAGAAUUGGCCGUCUGCAGGUGGCUCAAGAGAUCGUCGAUGCUUCCAAGAACGUGGGCUUUGUACCUCGUCAACCAUUCCCUGCCAAAACCUGUACUCGAUGUAGCGUUUGA